AUGGCUUCGUUAAAUGAGAAACAUCAACGAUUGAUAUAUCUCAUUGCAUAUAGCAGGGCCAAUACAGCUAUUUUCAACACAAGACAACGCUUUGCAGAUGCAGUGACAGAAGCGUGGAGAAAUGCUGGCGUGAGAUUGCAACACUGGGUUGUGUCGAUGGAGGGUCAUGCUAUAACUGAUUCUGAACAAGAAAUGAACGAGUACCAUUAUCAUAUGGCAGUAAAGUUAACAAAGAAAGCCCGAUGGUUACAGAUAAGGAACUAUCUUGAUCACAAGUACGGUAUUAAAGUUAACUUUAGUGACUUACAUAAUACGUACUAUAGUGCAUAUCGGUAUGUUACCAAAGAAGAUCCACAACCAUGUCAUUCACAUGAUCAUCCAGAUUUGUCGACAAGGCCAAGAACUGAAAACGCAAUAGCCGCCAGAAAAAGGAAAUCUAGGCAGACUACGACGAAAGGAAAGAAAAAGAACCGCCGAGAGAGGGGUUUGACGGUUUAUGAGGUGUCCCAGGUCAUUGAAAAGAAGAAUAUUACAAAGCGAGCAGAGCUUGUUUGUUUAGCCGUUGAGCAGAAACGAGAAGGCAAUACACGGCUCGCAGAAUUUAUUGCCAAUCGUGGGGCUAAAGCGGUGGAUGAAGCGUUAUCCGUUGGUAAGGAAUUUCGAGAAGCCGAGGCCAAGGCAAUACGCGCAAAGAAAACAAGAAUCGAAAUCCUUCAGGAAGCUACAGGCUCACCAUGUGUCCAUCAAUGUGAAGGACAGUGGCUGGAAGCUGCGUUGGAACUGAUGCGCCUAAACCAAAUUGAUGUUUCAGCGUUCUGUACUGCGAUUUAUAACGCGCUCCAAAACGGACGAGGAAAAUAUCAAAAUAUUUUUGUCUACGGCCCUGCGAACAGUGGUAAAACGUUUAUACUGUCGCCCUUGAAAUUCAUUUACCGCGCUUUCUGUAAUCCGGCAACCGGGACAUUUGCAUGGCUUGGUGUCGAUGAGGCAGAGGUCAUUCUAUUAAAUGACUUCAGAUGGAAUCCGGCCAUUAUCGCAUGGGCAGAUCUUUUACAAGCUCUAGAAGGAGAUGUUGUCCAUUUCCCAGCGCCAAAAGAUUUUUGUCAACGAGAUAUAGAGCUGUCUUCAGAUACUCUAUUCUUUGCCACGUCUGAUGCCCCUAUGGCUUUAGUUAAAGCAGGAUCGUUAGACCGGGUAAAUACUGAAAUGAUGGACGUGCGAUGGCGGUUUUUCCAUUUUUGGAGACAGAUUGACCAAAAUAAUCAAGUCAAGAUGUCUCCUUGCGCCAAGUGCUUUUCAACAUUUGUGUUAGAUAUAAUGUUGACAUAUAAUAUUAUGGAUUUUAUACAACUUUCUACACGAAAGCAGACGAUUGCACUUUUAUGUUUCGAAUUAUUAAUGUGACGUAUGAUCGGUUUAUAACUGUCAACACUGUCUGUGAAAUAUAGCAUUUAAUUACUAACUAGUUCACGUCCGUAUAAGUUGUAUAACCGCACAUUUCUCACUCAGAAAUCAUAAAAAAAUAAGACGAAUCUACCAUUGAACAUCGAAAAAUUAUACCUACUGUUGAGUUAAUGGUUAUCCGCACACUACAAUUACUUUUUAGGGCAAAAUAUAAUUUGUUUAUGA